UAUCAGAGCCUCCCUGCCUAACGGCGAGAUAAUCUUCCUCUCCCCCUCUUCUCGGUUCUCUGAUUAUUUCUUCUUUUUCCCUGUUCAUCAUGACUACCUCUGCUACAUCCUCCUCCGACACCACAGGCUCCCUCCCCAAUUCUGAUCCCACUCUCUCCCACUUCAGCCCUCCCCCUGCUCCUCAUAUCUCUAUCAAACUCACAGCCACUAAUUAUCUUCUAUGGCAAAUGCAACUUCUUCCCCUCCUCACUAGUUUCGAUCUCUCUAAGUUUGUUGACGGCACCUUUCCAGCUCCGUCUUGUCUCCUCCCUGACGACCUCCCCAAUCCCGCCUAUGAUGCCUGGCGCCGCCGCGAUCAGCUCGUCUUCUCCUGGAUUGUGGGCUCCCUCACUGAUGCUGUUCUCUCUCGCUUGGUUGGCUGCUCCACUGCCCUCGAGGCUUGGACACGUUUAGCUUCAGCUUACGGCACCGGCAAUCGCCAGACCCUUUGCAGUCUUCGCACCCAAUAUGGCGAACUCUCUCGCGGCAACGACUCCUGCAUCAAAUUCCUCACACGAGCCCAGGAGGUUGCCGACCGCCUUGCUGCCCUCAACCAUCCAGUCUCCGACGAUGAACUCGUGGACCGCUGUCUUCGCGGUCUCGGCGAGGACUUCCUUCCUUUCGUCCGCACUCUCGAAGCAAAGUUGGAGCCCAUUUCAUUUGCUGAUUUCCAUGGUCUUCUCAUCAACGAAGAGCAUCGCCUUCGCCAACUCGGCCUUCUACACGAUGGUAGCACUCCCCAGGCCAACUACGGACGCUUCGGUGGCCGCGGCGGCGGCGGACGUGGCCGCUUCACUGGUCGUUCUCCCGGUCGUGGCUGCAACGGCCACGGGGGCCGAGGUGAUCAUUUCCCCUCCACCGAUUUCUCUAACUCUUUUGUAGGUCCAGGUUUUGGAGCAGGCCUUCUUGGGACUCGGCCCAUCAACCGUUCCUCUUCCACCAGCGGCGGCCCGCUCCGAUGCUACACGUGCCAGGGCUUCGGUCACCUUGCCAAACACUGCCCCAACCUCACCCUCACCAACCGUUAUUCCCCAUCGUCCAAUUACGCCAGCUCUUCCUCCACUCCCCAAGAUUGGAUCAUGGACUCCGGAACGAACUACCACAUCACAUUCGACCUCAACAACCUAGCCUUACAUUCUGAAUAUGCCGGUCCGGACGAGGUUGCCUUCGGCAAUGGUAAUUCCCUACCCAUCUCUCACUCUGGUUCGUCUCUUGCCUCUUUUCAUCAUCAUCCCUUGCGACUUAAUAAUAUUCUUCAUGUUCCUUCCGCUUCUCAUAACCUACUCUCCAUCAAUUCCCUCACUCGUACUAAUCCUCUCUCUAUCAAUUUUUGAUGAUUGUUUCACUAUAAAGGACACACGCUCUCAGAAAAUCCUCCAUCGCGGCCGGAGUAAAGAUGGUCUCUACUCGUUACCCCUCUCCAUCCUCUCCCACGUGGCUCCUCGUGCACUCCACUCAUCUCUUUCGCACUGGCAUCAACGCCUCGGUCAUCCUCACACCCGCGUUCUUCGUCAAAUUCUUCGUGACAAUUCCAUUCCUGUCAUCAAUAAACAGGCCGAUCAGUUAUGUCAUGGUUGUAGUGUCGCUAAAAUUCAUAAGCUUCCCUUUUCUCCUUCUACUUUUAAAGCUACUGGUCCUUUGGAUUUGAUUUGUAGUGAUGUUUGGGGUCCUUCUCCUGAACUGUCCGUCGACGGCCAUUUAUAUUACAUUUUGUUCUAUGACCAUUUUAGCAAGUUUACAUGGAUCUUCCCCACCCGUCAUCGCUCUAAUCUCCUGUCCAUUUUUAUAAACUUUCGCACCCAAGUUGAAAAGUACUUUAACCGUCCCAUCAAAAUAUUCCAGGCCGAUUGGGGCGGUGAAUAUCAAAAGUUGGGUGCCUAUCUCAGAGAUAAUGGCAUUAUUCAUCGCUCCUCUUGCCCCUACACUCCCGAACAGAAUGGUUGUGCCGAACGAAAACACCGCCACGUGGUUGAAACCGGUUUAGCUCUCCUUCAUCAUGCCUCCGUUCCUCUCAAAUUUUGGUCCUAUGCUUUCGACACGGCUGUCUAUCUUAUCAAUCGCAUGCCUACCCCUCUUCUUCACCAUAAAACUCCUCUUGAAGUUCUCUACUCCCAAACCCCUGAUUACUCCUCCUUACGCAUUUUUGGCUCUCUCUGUUAUCCUUGGCUACGUCCUAUCACUCGUCAUAAGCUUCAACCUCGCUCCGCGAGAUGUGCCUUUCUCGGCUAUAGUCCCACUCACAAAGGCUAUCGGUGUUACAAUCUUUCAACCCACAAAGUCCAUAUCUCCCGUCACGUUCUUUUCGACGAAACUCAAUUUCCCUUCGCUACUGCCUUGUCUCAAUCCCCUCCCCCCACUCUCCCUUUGCCGCAACCCUCGUCUGGGCCUACAGCCCUUCCCUUUCCCUCCUAUAUUCUCAACCCACCUUCCCCUUCCUCUCUCGGCCCACAACCCACACCAUCUCCACCUCCUGGCUUUCUCCAAUCCACCAUUUUUUGAAGAAAUUAAGGGGUCGAUUCUGUAACGUGUGUAUUAAAUAUUAUGUGUAUACUAAGAAUGUGUGGGUUUGAUAAUUGAUUGUUUGGAAUCCAUAUAAGAAUGCAUGGAUUAUAAUUUAAAUGAACCAUGAAUACAUGCAUUUUGUUACUACAUCAAAUCAAAAGACGUUGUAUUCUCAUAAUGCAUGUAUACCGAGAAUACAACAUAUAGAAUCGGAGGUUCCAAACGAGCUCUAAGAAUUUAGCAAGACAUGUGCUAUUUGUAGCCCUAAAGCUAGAAAGGGCUUAUUUGUAGUCCUAUAUUUAAAAAUGCUUUUUUUUAACAAAAAUUCAAAAACCCUAAAUCCCUCAAUAUCCCAACCAUCUGAGGCGACCAUAUUCGCCUGAGACGAGUCGCCGACGACGACAACCAAAGAUGAUUCGUUGGAGACUCCAACCGCCGCCAACCCUUGCCAUUGCCGCCGCCCGAAGCCAACCAUCACCGACUAAGAAAUGGCCAGAGACGUG